GCAUCAUCCCAAUGGAUGUGUUAGUCUGGACACAGGGCUCCGAAUUCCUUCUGGAAGCUUCCCUGAGCCUGUUAUAGUGUGACUCGCAGCGCACAUUCCCAUUCUAAGAGGAGGAAGAGCGAGCUGUCUGAACGAAGAGAAUGGACUUGACAAAGAUAUACAUCGCUUUGAAAACAUUUCAAGGCAUAAAGUGGAUUAAAUGGAAAUAAAAAAUGUAGACAUGUUUAAAAUUCCAGGAAAGACAAAGCCCUGGUGUUAGUGUGUCUAACAAUGCAUCUUCAACUUCCCGUCAAGUUUAAAACUUGCAUGUCUGCUUGACAGUUUUGUAAAGAUUGCAAAGGGGGUUGAGGAUAUGCCAGAAAGAAUGUCCAGAAUCUGGAUCUGAUUAAACAUGCACUGAUCGUCUACCCUGGCUGCUAUCCAGUUUGGAUGAAUUAGAUACAAGUUUGCUCAGGUUUAAAAAAUAAAAAAAAAAAUAAAAAAAAUAUAGUGUGCAUUAAGCACUGCAGCAUAGAUUUCAUUUUGAUAUCAGACAAACUUACAUAGUGACUCACUUUAGAAACAGCCACUACCUUCAUCAGUACAGUCUAAUGUACGUAAACAUAAGGACUCUUGUAAAGAUGCAAGGCUGAAAAUAUUUCAACAAACUUGGCUAGACGUGAGUUUCCAUUCCAAGUUGCAAUGGCUUUGCAGCUAGCAGUUAUGUGCAUUCUCUUCAGCCUUGCCAGGGCAGAUUCUGUAGCCCUGAAGGAUCAUGCUUCAGUUCUGGCUGACAGCACCCUGAGUCUGGGCCUGAACCUGUACCAGACCAUGGUGAAAGACCAGAACCUGAGGUCAGAGAACAUCCUCUUCUCUCCAGUGGUGCUGGCCUCCUCGCUGGGGGUGAUGACGAUGGGCGCCAAGGAGAACACCGCCAGCCAGGUCAAAUCGGUCCUGAACGUUGACCUCCAGGAUGACCAGCUGCACCCGGCCUUCUCCGCACUGCUCAGCGAGGUCAGCGAUGAGAAGGCCCGCAACACCACCUGGAAGAUGGGCAGCCGCUUGUACGGCCCCACCUCGGUGAACCUCCGGCCGCAGUUUGUGGAGAGCAGCAGGAAGCUUUACAAUCACGAGCACGCCAAGGUCAACUUCAGGGACAAGAGGAGAGCCCUGCAGUCCAUCAAUGAGUGGGCCUCCCAGAGCACCAUGGGCAGGGUGGCUGAGGUCACCAGAGAGCUUCCCGGGGCUGACGGAGCCCUAUUCAUCAACGCCAUGUACUUCAAACCCCACUGGGAGGAAUCCUUCCAUUACAAAAUGGUAGAUAAGCGAGGGUUCAUGACCUCCCGUACCAACACCGUGUCCGUGCUAAUGAUGCACCGCACAGGUUACUAUAAGUUUUACGAAGACAAUGAGAACAGGCUAAAUAUUCUGGAGAUGCAGUUGGCCCACAAGCAUUCCAGCAUGGUGUUCAUCAUGCCUUUCCAUGUGGAGCCCUUGGAGAGAGUAGAGAAGAUGCUGACUAAGGAGCAGCUCAACCACUGGUUCAGCAAGCUGGAGAACAGGGCCGUGGCUCUUUCACUGCCUAAAAUCAACCUGGACGUCAGCCACGAGCUUCAGAAGCACCUGCAGGAGCUGGGCCUUGCCGAGGCUGUUGACAAGACAAAGGCAGACUUUUCCGGGAUGACUGGCAAGAAGGACCUGCACGUCUCCAGUGUCCUCCAUGCGGCCGUCCUUGAGUGGGACACCGAGGGCAAACCCUUCAACCAGGAUAUUUACGGACAACCGGAGUUCAAGUCGCCCAAACUCUUCUACGCUGACCACCCGUUCAUCUUCUUGGUGCGAGACAACAAGACCAACUCCAUUCUCCUCAUCGGCAGGCUGGUCAAGCCAAAGGGGGAAAACCAUGACGAAUUGUAGGAAUCUUUUUU